AGCAACAAGCCGCAAGUGAUCAUACUGACUGGGCCCACAGCGGUGGGCAAGACCAAUGCCGCCCUGGCCCUUGCAGAGAGGAUUGGUGGAGAGAUCAUCAGCGCUGACUCCGUGCAAGUGUACUCUGGGCUCGAUGUCGGGUCAGACAAGAUCUUGCUCGCAGAAAGGAGGGGCAUCCCGCACCAUCUCCUGGACAUCCUGUCUCCCAAGGAGGAGUUUUCGGCAGGGGACUUCUACACACUGGCACGCACAGCAACUGCCGACAUCCUGCAGAGGGGAAAGGUGCCAAUAGUGGCAGGGGGCACCGGCUUCUACCUGCGCUGGUUCAUCCAUGGCAAGCCGCAGACUCCAGUCUCCACUGCUCAGACAGCCAAGGAGGUGGAAGCCCUUCUGGAGCAGGUGUCGGAGGAGCGGUGGGAAGUGGGCAUAGCAAAGAUCGCUGCUCUGGGCGACCCCGCUUCUGCAGAGAGGGAGGUGCCAGGCAAUUACUACCGCCUGAACAGGGUGCUGGAGAUCCUGCUGGGGACUGGGGGGAGGCCCCUGGCGGAGCUUAAUUUGGACACAGGGGCCCCCCUGGAUUACGAUUUUAGAUGCUUCUUCCUGAACAGGCCGCGCCUCGAGCUGUACCGCCGAAUCGACGCGCGCUGUGAAGAGAUGGUUGUGGGCGGUCUGCUGCAGGAGGCAGCGUGGCUAUUGGACCAGGGGCUGACUCCGGAUGAGAAGUGCGCGGCGCGCGCGAUCGGCUACCGGCAGGCAAUGGAGUUUUUGAUAAGAUGCCGGGCCGACGCCGCCCACAUCACCGGCGACAAUCUGGUACAGAUGGUUCGAGACAUCCAAAGGGCUUCACGCAAUCUGUGCCAUCGCCAGCUCAGCUGGUUCAGGGACGAGCCGCUGUUCCGGUGGGUGGAAGCUGGUCGGGAGCCGGCUGACAUCGUCGAUGACAUCAUC